AUGUCAAAACAAGCCAUAUCAAUACAAGAUUCUAUCACGGUGGAGACAACCUUUGGGGAACACGUCAUAGAGCUGUGUUAUGGCGACAUUACCGAACUCCCCGUGGAGGAGAAGAUGGACAUCGUCAUGGUUUCCGCUUUUAUUGACGACUAUACAUGUACCGAUGAUCCUAAAACAAUAUUAGGAGCGCUUAAUCACAAUCUGGGUAUAUAUCCGUGCGUGAACUGGCCCGAGACAAAGACAUGGACCUCCGUGUUCACUACUCCUGCUGGAUUUCCAAACCCUUACCCCCGGGCAAACCUUUUGGUCGGGUGCUGUGUUUUGAAAAAACCAGGGGGAGCAGCGAUAAUUCACUCACUCCACAAAUCAGAGACAUGUUCAAAGUUUUGGUCCCGGUCCUAAAUAACCAGAGCACGACAAUCAUUACACCCCUAC